AUCGAGUUCUCCCCUCACUCGCGUCCCAGGCACGACGUGGUGGAAGUGGCCGGUCUGACGUCCUUCUCCUUCGGUGACGAUGAGGAGAGUCGUUACGUCAUGAUCUUUAAGAAGGAGUUCGCCCCGUCGGACGAGGAGCUGGAGGCCUAUCGCUGCGGGGAGGACUGGGACCCACAGCGGGCUGAGGAGAAACGCCGCCUCAAGGAGCUGGCUCAGAGGGAGGCGGAGCAGGAGGCACUGAGGGGCCCCGCCGUGGUGAACCCCAACACCGACUACAAGGACAAAUACAGUCACCUCAUCGGCAAGGAAGCCGCCAAGGACGCCGCCCACACCAUGCAGGCCAACAAGGCCUACGGCUGCGUUCCCGUGGCCAACAAGCGGGACACACGCUCCAUCGAGGAGGCCAUGAACGAGAUCCGGGCGAAGAAGCGGCUGCGGCAGAGUGAAGACGAGGGGCCGGGCGGGGCCGGGACCUCCUAGUGCUGGGGGGGGCGUCCUGCCCAGAGAGGUGGGGCGGGGAGCAGAUCGCAGGGACUGACCCGAAACCUGCUGCUGUGUGUGAACCUUGCUUGGGGUGUCCUGACUGGCGGGGG